AUUGUUCAUCACUUCUGGCCUGUUGGGCCUCUUCUUUCCCUCCCUGAUUGUCCAUUUGCUCAUGGCUUUGUCUCUGACGUCGGAGUGCUGCACAUCAAUGAUCUGGCGCUGUUUGCAUCAUUAUGCAACCACAGGUCAGUGUUUCCGUGCAGACGGACGGCUCUGUAAUCUGUUUGGUAAGCAGCCUGAGGGAUGUCUGAGCUCUCUCACGCUGCAGACAGACAGGCGGUAAAGCGCUGACUUCCCAAUAGACUCUUAAGUGAGUACAGCAUUCAGCCCAGCAUGCGCAGAGACCAUUAACACCAGGAUUCAUUUUACUUCAACGCAUGUGUAUUUCUCCUUUGUCACCCCCAGGGGGCGUGCUUUUUACCCAGGAGAGGGGGUGCGCUCUUGCCCAGGAGGAGAUCGCUCCUGCUGCGGCUCAUUUCUCUCCAGAGAGCGAGUGGAGGCGGACGCACCGGUUCACCUGCUGCUGAAAAGCCUUCAACAUGUUCUGCAGACGGGCGUGGCAGACAGUGGGGCCGUUGGCUCGGUGGCUCCUCAAGCCCAUCUCCAGGAGCACUGCUCCGGUGCGACACAUGGCCUUUGGCGUUCCAGGAGGCUCCAGCAACAUGGCGUACGUCGUUUUGUGUGGGGGAGGCCUCACUGCUGCAGUUGUCUAUGCCUAUAAAACGGUCAAUGGCGAUACGGAGCGUUACGAGGACAGACUGGCCAACGUGAGCACCAAGGAGAAAGCUGAAGUGACGUCAGAAGCUGUGUCUCCUGCAGUGGAGACCACCGCAGCAGAGGAGGAACCGGCUCCAGCUCCCGUGGCUGAGAUGACGGCCGAACCUGUCCCCGCUUCCCCAGAACCGGUGGCCGAGACGUCGGCCGAACCGACCGCCGACGCCGCCUCGGAGGAACCAGAGGCGGAUGUUGCAGAGGCUUCGGCUGAGCCGGCGGCUGCAGGGGGAGCUGCUUCUGUCGCGGAGGAAGAGGCGGCUCCUGAGGCAGCGCCUGAAGACGAACCUGUGAAAGUUGCGGAGGACACAGCAGCAGCAGAAAGCGCCGCUGUGAAGGCCUUGGCCAGCUCCACCUUAGAGAUCAUCAACGUCUUUGUGGGAGAAGAGAACCUGGUGAAAUCUCUGCAAAUGGGAGCUGGUGGAAACGAGCUGAACUCCCUGAAGGAGGCUCUCGAACCAGAAACUCUAGCGGCGCUUUCGGAAAGGACCACAGUGGAAACGUCUGCAGAGGCAUUUGUUGGUGGAGAGGAAGGGAUGUCGUCGACGCAUGGUCUAACCAUCGAAGAAUUAUGUGCAGAGCAGAGUCCAGCACCUGCUGCAGAGCAGGAGCAGGAGGAAAGAGCCGCUUCACUUCCUGAGGAAAUCCCUGAGGCUGAAGAGAACACUGUGACGCUUGGUUCUGCUCCAGAGGAAGCCGUCUCCUCAUCAGAGGCCUCCGCUGAAGAUUCUGCCACCUCUGAUGAGACCUCCCUUGCUGAGGAGGUCGUUGUCCCAGCAGAGGCAACACCAGAGGAGGAGACCACAUCUGAGCAGAUCACACUUGAGAGAAUUGGUGAGACAACCCAGCUGGCAGCCGCCUCCACCGAGCAAAACCGAGAAGUUCUUUCAGCCACCGAGCCAGAACCUCCUUCAUCUGUGGGUGCGGUGGACGAGGAGGAACCCUGCCACAACUGCCACACGUCACCAUCAUCAAGCAUGGAGGCAGCACCACCUGCUGCUCUGGGAGAGGAUCCGGCCGAUACGGAUGUCACGCAAGAAGCAAAGGAGACCUCAACGUUGACAAAGCACACCAUGGAGAAUGGAGUGAUGGUGACAGCCCAGUCGUAACAGAAAGCGUGCCUUCCACUAUCAAGCCUGGGGGGCAGAAGACAGGAACAAGUCAAGAAGGAGAGAUCACUGUGGGUGUCCUCAUCAGCGGGUGUUAUUGUAGCGCAUGUCCACUAGGUGUCAGUAUUGCAACAUGUUUCGGGACAUUGAAGUUUAAAAUGUUUUUUUUUUUUGUUCUUAAGGAGCGAAAGUCUGUAAUGAAGUGAUAAGUAGCAGUCUGAUAUCUAUAAUAGUUAGCUUCUCAUCUAAGCUGAUAUACCAGACUACAGAUUUGUGUUGUUAUUGCAGACACAACCAACAAUGUUCAGGGAUUUAAGAGCACAGCAGCUUUACUAUUAGGAGGUGAUGUGCUGUUAGAGAAAAGACUACGAGUGCAUAGACUAUUACUCUUUAAGGUAUCGGCUAAAAUGGCCAUCUUCUAAUGCACAUUUCCUUUUUGACUUUUAUUGUUUCUGUCCACUCAUUGCCGAGUGCAUAAAAAACAAAUAAA